AUGUCUUUUGCCCGUGUUGCCCGCCAGGGCGCGCGCAGCUUGCGCACCCUCGGACACAAUGAACGAACCAUUGCUUCGACCCGAACCGCCGCCCUGGCCUCUGCCCGCCUCACCCAGCCAUUCAGCACAUCUCCCGCCCAUCUCAAGAAGCGCAAGCCCGACACCCCCUCCAAGUCCUCCACGCCCGCCGCGUCCUCAUCAUCCGGCAAAAAUAAGAGCAGUCCGUCCUCCAGCAGUAGCGGCGAGUUCGACCCCCUCGACCUCGACCCCGUUUCGGCGGCCUUUGCCGAAUCCGACGCGCACUUUCAGACCCAAGUCCAGACCGUGCUGCACGGCGGCCGCUUCAACCCCUCCCACCUCGGCGCGCUGCCCGUGACCUUAAAAAGCGCCGACUCGACGACGACCGAGACGUUUCCGCUCCGCGAGCUCGCUCAGGUCGUCCCGCGCGCGGGCCGCACCGUCUCGCUGCUCAUCAACGAAAAGGCCUACGUGAAACCCAUCAUGUCGGCCGUCCAGACCAGCUCCGACUUUAAUCAGCAGCCGCAGCGGUCCGACGACAACGAGCUUGAGCUGCUGCUGCGUGUCGAAGCGGAGCGGCCGGAAGAGGUGGUGCGGCGCGUCAGAGAGGCGACGCAGGCGUGGCGUGAGCGUGUGCGGCAGGCGCGGACCAGGCAUGAAAAGCUGCUCAAGGAAGCGCGCAAGAGCGGCGCGCUGCUGCCGGACGCCUUGAAAAAGGUGGAAAAAGAGGUGCAGAAGCUGCAGGAUAAGAAGAUCAAGGAGAUUGAUGCUCUCGAGGCGCAGAGCGUCAAGCAGGUCGGCAGACACUAG